AGCGGGAGACAGGAGGUGGAGAGAGGUAGAGGCUGAACAAAAGGGAGAGAGGAGGGGGGAGAUAGCAAGACCCAGCUAACGCGAGCUCUCUUUAGCUGAACCCAAUCGCGAUUUUGUGACAUUGGGGCUACAUAUAAAAUCACAUUUACCGCAUUUCCUUUAGCUAAGAUGUGACUCCAUCGGCAUUUCGUCGAGUGUGUCUGAAACGGCAGAAAUGCGCGCCGGUAGCUAGCUAACGUUAGGAUAACGUAAAGACAAAAAGGGCAUCUCUGUGUCUUUGACCGAGCAGCCAGAUCGAAAUCUUCGAAUGACAGUUUGUGUGUAAACGUUUGUGAAGCAGCACGGCAAAACCUCCCGUUGCUCAGCUGACCCACCGGUCCAUGUUACAGGAAAGGCAGGGGAGGGAAACCAGCAAACCGUCAAGAUGAAAUUUACAGAGCAUCUCUCGGCUCACAUCACUCCGGAGUGGAGAAAACAGUACAUCCAGUAUGAGGCUUUCAAAGAGAUGCUGUACGCUGCUCAGGACCAGGCCCCAUCUAUUGAAGUCACAGAUGAGGAUACCGUUAAGAGGUACUAUGCCAAGUUUGAGGAGAAGUUCUUCCAGACAUGUGAAAAAGAAUUGGCCAAGAUCAACACCUUCUACUCUGAAAAGCUGGCUGAGGCUCAGCGGCGAUUCGCCACGCUGCAGAACGAGCUGCAGUCAUCAUUGGAUGCUCAGAGGGAGAGCUGGGCUAACGGGCGGGGCCUGAGGAGGAGGAAGACAGUGUUCGCCCUGUCGCAGCAAGAGCGAUGCAAACAUAGAAACAUAAAGGACCUGCAGUUGGCCUUCUCCGAGUUCUACCUCAGCCUCAUACUGCUGCAGAACUAUCAGAACCUGAAUUUCACAGGUUUCAGGAAGAUUCUCAAGAAGCAUGAUAAGAUUUUGGAGACGUCGAGGGGUGCUGACUGGAGGGUGGCCCAUGUUGAAGUGGCUCCGUUUUACACAUGCAAGAAGAUCACACAGCUUAUCUCUGAGACUGAGGCAUUGGUCACAACAGAGUUGGAAGGCGGUGACAGGCAGAGGGCCAUGAAGAGGCUGAGGGUACCUCCUCUGGGAGCUGCACAGCCUGCUCCUGCUUGGACCACUUUCAGAGUUGGCCUUUACUGUGGAGUAUUCCUUGUCUUAAUAGUCACUGUGGUCAUUACAGGAGCUGUGGUGAUCCGCAGUGCUGAUGUUUGGCCUAUGGUCAGGAUCUACAGAGGAGGCUUCCUGUUAAUAGAAUUCCUCUUCCUGUUAGGCAUCAACACGUACGGCUGGAGGCAGGCAGGAGUGAACCAUGUACUCAUAUUUGAACUCAACCCCAGAAACAAUCUGUCACAUCAACAUCUGUUUGAGAUUGCAGGUCUGCUGGGGGUGUUGUGGUGCGUCAGCCUGCUGUCCUGUCUCUUCAGGGAUAGCAUCAUGGUACCGAUGCAGGCUAAUCCUCUCGCUCUCUACGGCUUCUUCUUCCUCUUCCUCAUCAACCCAUUCAAGACCUGCUACUACAAGUCACGCUUCUGGCUGCUCAAACUCUUGUUUCGGGUGGUGACAGCUCCAUUUCAUCGUGUUGGCUUUGCAGACUUCUGGCUUGCUGACCAGUUGAACUCUCUAGGUGUGGUUCUGAUGGAUCUGGAAUACAUGAUCUGUUUCUACAGUUUUGAGCUGGAUUGGAAGAAACAUGACGGACUCAUCAGCAGUAAAGGUAGAGAUGUCUGUAAUUCCUACUCGUAUGGCGUCCGUGCGGUGAUCCAGUGUCUUCCUGCUUGGUUCCGAUUCGUCCAGUGCCUGCGACGUUACCGUGACACCAAACGGGCCUUUCCUCACCUGGUUAAUGCUGGGAAAUACUCAACUUCCUUCUUUGUCGUCACCUUUGCUGCCCUGUACAGCACACAUAAAGCUGAAGCCCACGCUGAUGCCCAGAUCUUCUUCUACUUGUAUAUCGGCUGCUUAGUGGUCAGCUCAUGCUACACACUGGUCUGGGAUCUGAAAAUGGACUGGGGCCUGUUUGACCGCAACGCAGGAGAAAAUACCUUUCUGAGAGAGGAGAUAGUCUACCCACAUAAGGCCUAUUACUACAGUGCCAUAGUGGAAGAUGUGCUGUUGCGUUUUUCAUGGACUUUAACAAUCACCCUCAGCAGAGUCUCUGGGAUCCAUGGCAUCUCUGACAUACUGGCAACUAUACUAGCCCCAAUGGAGGUCUUUAGGCGUUUUGUGUGGAAUUUCUUCAGAUUAGAGAACGAGCACCUGAAUAACUGUGGUGAGUUCAGGGCUGUCAGAGACAUCAGCGUGGCCCCGCUCAAUGCUGACGACCAGACACUGCUGGAACAGAUGAUGGACCAGGAGGACGGAGUCAGGAACCGUCAGGGCAAGAAGAGCUGGAAGAGGAGCUACAGCAUGAGUCUACGCAGGCCACGACUGGCCUCACAGUCCAAGACCCGUGACACCAAGGUUUUGAUAGAGGACACUGAUGAUGACUCCUGACAUCAGGCCACGCCCCUCGCCUGGGUCCAGAAUUUAUUCAAAGGAGGGAACUCCACCUCCUAACCAAGGAAUUACCCAGCGAGUCGGGCGUUGAACUCUCAGCCAAGGAUGAGUUUUAAACUCUCAUGCCUACGUAAUUGUUUCUCCAAUGUGUGAGCCUCUACAUGGGCUCAGAACUAUUUGAAGUAUUUCAAGGGAGAAACUGUCACCUCUUGAACAAACAACCCAGCAACACGGCCAUCACACUCCUAUUCCUACCUUCAGUAAUAACCAGGGGUGGGCCAGUCACUUGAACUCUACCUUACUCAAGCAGUGGGUGAAAAAACUACUCUCCUUGUCAUCCACAGCCACCCAGAGGUGGACUCUUUAUCUGCACCCACUCCUCAGCCAUUGCUUGGGCUUUCCUAAAAGCCUCAGCCUAGCAUGAACAACGCAGCUAAAUGGAAUGCAAGCCGAUCAUCCUGACAGGAAGUGUCCCUGCUCCCUCUCGGUGCCACAAAGCUCCCACACCGGGAGAGGCCGACCACUUCAAACCCACUGCUGUUGAGGACCAAAAGGUUUUCUCCCCGCCUUUAGUUAUUGGCCUCUGCCCACACCACAACUCAAGAGAUUUCGAGUCAACUUGUAAUUUGGACCUCAUAAUGAACCUAAAGCCCCUCUUUCUAGUAAGAGAAUAAAACGGGUUGGAAAGUGUCCUCCUCUUCCUCGUCUUUCUACUUUUCGGCGACUUUUUAGGCCUUGUGACCUUCCCCCCUUACCCUCAGCCAACAGACUAUGCUGAUGAACAUUUGGUAACGCCAGUCAGUCGCUGGCUUGACUCCCCUCACACUUCAGCUUGCCCGUUCAAAUCAUCACAGAGCUGCCUACCUGCACCUUACACGCUUUAGAAACACACACACAUAAAAACACACAGAGAAACAAGCACUUUGUAGGAGGGAACUGGAGUGGAAUGCCUCUUGUGUGUUCACACUCACAGACCUUGAUUUCAGUGUGCAACACUUGACCAUUAAUCGUUUUUAGACCCUGGGAAGAAACACACACACGCACACAAAUAGACUAGUGAUUAUUUAUAACCGUGGUUGUAAAUAUGAGACGGACCAAAGUAGGAGGUGGUGUGAAAAUAUUCAGAAAAUAAAUAUUCCAUUAAAAAAAAGUGCUGAGUUUGGACUGCAUGGAACAGCAGCUGGAAUGACUGUUCAGCCAUGGAGCUGAGAGGAAAACUUUACUUUUGUUUCCGGGAAAAGAUGAAGAUCAACUUAAUCAUCCUGCGGAAACUCCCAGUCACCCCAUGUGGAAAAAUAUAUCCUCCAUCUGGAAAUGGUUUUGCUGAAUGUAUGCCAACUUAUUUAUGUAUGUAUGAGUGGGAGACAUGCCUAAAUACUACCAGUUAACCCAUUUAGGCCAAUCAGCUUUUGGAAACUUAAAAUAAGAGGUAAGAUGAGUUCUUAAGAUUUUUAAUUUCUUCCCUCUGACAUCUUGAUUGAAAACUUUUGAUUUAUGAAACAGUACUUCUCAUCUGUUACACUGGUUCACUGAAAUGUGACCGUAAUGGAAACGGAAGAGGUCACCUGUCUGUCACAUACUGGUUCAAACUGUCACAGUCAAAAGGGUGGUGUAGUUAAACUUGAAUCUCAGUGAAGUGGCUCUUCCAGCUGGUUUGGUGGUGAAGGUCCUAUGUUUGGCUGUGUUUACACUCAUGAGAUACAUGCUGGUGUAGCUGAGGUUCCAUAAACACUCCAGUUUGGGUUUAAGACUUUAAUGAACUAGGUUGGUGGGAUUAAAGAACAUUUGUUUUGAGACAACAUCAUUUUAAUAUUUUUGUAUGUUCAGCAAGCCAUUGUACUUUUCAACACAUCUUAUUUUAGUCCACCGUAAAUUCUCAAAUUUGGCCUUUAUUGCCUCAUUGGCAGAGGGCUCUCUCUUUGUUUGCAAUAGGCUUAAUUAGAAAGUUGUUUUCUUAAAUUCUUCUGCUUCUCUGCAAACUCAAAACUUCCUCCAUGGUAAUCUGUUGUCUUGCGAAAAAUUAGUGUAAUGUACACUUCCUUAAACAGCUGGUAGUUGAGGGGCUUGGCUGUGGUGUGGUGUCUAUUUGUUUCCAAAGUUUGACAAAGUCUCAGUCAGUAACAGGUUCCACACAAUCACCACCACAUCAUCUGUAUAUCUGCAAACUAAUUUUAGAUAAACUAUGUCAUUGUGGCCACACUGCAGACUCUAGUGUCAAGCUGUGUUACUUAAUCAUUAGAGCUACAAAAUGAAUCCAUCUUCUAUUGUUUGAAGAGGACAGGUAGUUGUGAUUACACUGGAGAAAAUGUUUUUCUAAAUGUUUUUAAUAGAGUGAAGAUAUACAUUUUGUUGCUUUUCUUUCACAUUCCAAAAAUGGUUGACAUACAUCCAUAGUGUGCUCGUGUUGUGGUCUCACAUUAACUGUUGAAAAUAAGUUUAGUUGAGGAGGUUCUUUUAGAGUUUUUUCCAAUUGCUUUUAUCAAUCAGCCAUUUAGCACAAACCUCUCUGCUUUCAUGGUUUUCAGUGAGUUUAGUAGUAGCUUGUGGAUGCUGAAUGAAAAUGACUGACUUCUACAGUCCUUCAGGAAGCCCUGAUUGAAGUCGGUUUCAAGUGAGCAGAAAGUCCCUCAGUGACUAUGUGGACUUCAUUUUGUUUUUCUACAUUUUCUUUGUCAUAGUGAAAACAGUCUCUGUGCUCAGACUUGAGGAAGGUGCAUAGAAUUUUAAUUGUAGCAGAGUUUUAGUUUUCAUCAUCUUGUUUUACUGGUCCUGUCUCUUAAAUAUACAGUACGACAACUACUUGAGGACAGAAAUGUGUAAUGCAACUGCAGUAUGUUUUAUCUGGGUCUCCAACAUGACAUAAUCCACUAUUCAACUAUGGGUCGACACUCUAGCUUGCAGGAUAGCAGAGCUUUUGCCAGUGUAGCUAAUUAAACAUGUAAGUUGAAUAUAAUUGUCCCUAUUGUGAAGGUCUUCAGUUUUCAGUUUCAGUUAAUUUGAGAAACAGCCGGUCUUUCAAAUGACCAAUAUCGUCUCUCAUUGCAUGCUGACAUUCCCAUAUAGUCAUUUUUCUAAUAGAUGUCUGUUUUGGAUUUUUUGUGUGUAGUAACAGCAGACACUGACAAAUAUGUGACAUUCAACAUGAUAUAGAACGUUGAAGACCAUGCAUAAUAUCUUACUAAAUUGUAGAGAAUAGCAAUACUUGAUAGAUAGCAGUGGUAUGUGAGCUGUUAGGAACUUGUUUGGCUGACAGGAUGCUGGUGGACUAAGGGCGGCAUGUCUUUCUUGCAUUUCCACUUGUUAGACAGUAGGAAUAAUGACAUUUCCUAGUACAAUACACCCAAGGUGGACACUUAACAGACAAGUUCUGCUGGCAUGCAGGUAAAUUAUACAACAUUAAAUAAUGUGGGAAUUUUAGCCAUAUCAUCUGUGCUGGCUGCAGAAUUCUAAAAAGAUUGAAACACAGCAGUCAGUGAGCUUUAUUUUUGUUUCUUUUCUUUGCAUUGCACCUUGUCUUUAGUGUUUUGAUUUUGUUGUACCUUGAUAUCUUGAUAAUCUGCUCUGUCAUUCCUGAGAGCCUCUUGUGUACCCUAUAGUUUCAUACAGCUUAGCCCCUUGGUUCUCUCUCUCCCUUACCCUAACAUCAUGGGUGCCCGAGUUCAGACCAGCAGCUUUAAGGGAAUACUUCACCCGCAAAUGACUGAAUUUGUGAAGAAAACUUUAUGUCAUGCCUCCACGGUGAAUGAAGUAUCUAAGAGAGAGAGAGAGAGAGAGAGAAAAGAGAAGAUAUUGAGUUAUUGUGUCUGACUUGCACUAGCUCAGCUGGCUACUGAGUUAAUGAUCAGCUCAGCCACAGCAGCUCACCAACUAGCCCUGCAAGUAUGGUCACUGUGUCACCAAGACUCUAUAUUUAAAUAUUUCACAGAGAUGUGCGGCUUAAUUCGGCCAUAUCACUUUGUGUUGGGAUCAGACCUUGAGGUGGCACAGUGGAGCUCGAGCUUGUCAGGCUGUCGACAAUCAGUCUUUUGGCUGUUCAGGAAGCAACAAGCUUUAUAAUAACUAGCUAGCUAUAAACUGAAUUAAACUUAACCUAGAAAAUGUUGAUAAAAAAUACUAAAAUUAAAACAUUUAACAAGACCUGGAAUUAUUAUACUUUAAAUCGUGGGUCUUAAAAUGUGUGUAAACUUCCUCUGUGAGCAGCAGACAGACCAGGUGCAGCUCUGCUUGUGCCAAGAAUUGUCCUGGAUCCUCCAACAUUUCUUGAUACACCUGCAGUGAUCUUGCUUAGUAUAUAUUUCAGUUUGUCUUGCAAGCAGCUGACUUUUCUACUUUGCCUUUUGUUGCACUCAGGGUUCAUCUCUCUCUCUCUCUCUCUCUCUCUCUCUCUCUCUCUCUCUCUCUCUCUUUUAAUCAGAGAAGAUUUGUGCACAAGCUUCGAAAUUAGGGCAUUGCCUUCAUGACUUCCUGUUUUCUGAAAUGUCCAAGCAGCAAAUACAAUCAUUCCAUCCAAAGAGAACUUCUCUGAUUUUAAAUGCAUCGUAUUUGUUAGGAGCUUUUAUUUUGAAAUCCCUCAGGUUUUCAUGUUGAGAUGCAUUACUUUAGAAGAAGUGUGAUUAUUAUCAAGCCAUUCCUGCAUGUUCCGUAGUGUCAGGAGAGUAGGAGGUGAGAUUUGACUCAGGACAUUUUGAGCACUUUUGCACCUUAGCCUUCUAAUUCACAAGCCACAUGGAAGCUCCCUGAUUCCCUGCCCCUUCUUUUUUAUUGUUGUUAACAGCCUUUAUUUUAUGAAUGUACCACUUGAAACUUCACUCCACGAAUGUGUUUGUAUCUGACACGAAUGCACCAGAGCUUAGCAAAGGAACCUCUAGAAAAUGAUCAUUUUCAGUUAUUUUGUUGUUUCAGUACAAUGCCAAAUAGGAUGAUCUCUCAAAACUUCAUGUAUUCUCUGCUUCUAGAGCCAAGCCUGAUGGUGUUUUAUGUUGUUAUGAUUCUGAGCAUUUGAACAUUUCAGCUGCAGGCAGGCUGACUGUGAAAUAGUUAAUCUUAUCUUUUUGGUUUUCCUUUUCUACAAUCCAGAUGAUGACUCACACUCCGAUUAAAAAUGAAACCACACAGCUUUUUGGUUAAGAUGUUUGAGACUGUGACAGACAGGUGAAUACCCUCUUUCCAAAAGUUGAAAGCAGGGCUGGGUAUUUACAGUAUCUUCUACACGUUUUUACUACCACCAGAAAAUGUAUCAUUUGCAUAGAGUAUCGAAAGCUCUCAUAAAUGACCUGGUUAAAUUUGUGACCUUGUUUCCAGAUUCAUAUUUACACCAAAGUUUUGUUAAUUUUAGGCUUAUUUUAUUUAGGCUCAGUUAGGCACAAAUGCUUGUGUUCAGAUGUCAUUCACUACUAGAAAAUGUGGCUUCUUUUGUCAAAUAAAAAAAUAGGUUGCAUAGAAAACUAUAACCUGUAUUUCUCAGAUUAAGGUACUGACACUCCAGUAUCAUAUCGGCACUAUUUUCAAAAUAAUACCCAGCCCUAGUGGAGAUUGGUGGGAUAUGCUGAAUCACACAGAAGGUCUUUCAGAAUGUCUUGGGAAUGUUUCAAUAUAACUCUGUCUAUCUAAAACAAGCUUAUUUUCUAACAUUUCACAUUGUACCAGUUGGUUUUGACCAGAAUCUCACCAGCUGCUUCACAACAAAGCUGCUCACUGGGCCUCAUGCAAUGUUUUCUUACUCUUAUCCUAAACUUGUCUGACAUUUUUUGGUGAGGUUUUCUUGUUCAAGUGUUCCAAGUUUUGUUCACCAAACACCAACUUGUUGUAAAUCCCUGGUUUGAACUUGAUGAAUGUCACCUGUUAAAGAGGGGAUGAGCUUUUGUGAGAUGUGAUCAUUGAUUGAUGCUUCUACAAUUGGUUUGCGUGUGGGUAACUUUCACACUGUAGAGCUCCAAAUUCUGCUGUCAGAAAGAAGCACAAAAAACAUAUGUAAUUUAGUAGUGUCAUUGAUAAAUGACUCAAAAAAACAAUACAGAAAAGUAUAAAUACAGCAGCCAAUGACAUUCCAUAAGAGUGGCACCGUACUGGGACAGAAAUAAGGAUGGAAUAGUGUGACAUAAAGUUAGACACUAAAAACAUCUUUCUAAAGCAAAGAGGUGCAUGAUUUAGAUGGGAGGCAGUCAGGGAGACAUGGUAGUCAUUAAGAGAGAAAACUAUACAGUAAUUGAUGUCACACUAUUACUGAGAUGGAGAAUGUUCACCUGAACAGGAACCUACCUAAAGACCCAGCGAUAGCUGCAGGCAUAACAGAAUUUACCUGCUGAAAUAUGCCAAUAAAAUCUGUACAUUGGUAAGCCACAGUGAUGAUAUGGUGAACAGAAUAUUAAUUUUGCAUCAUGUUAUUUUAAGCACAGAAUUUUAUUUCAGUUUAUUACAUAUCAUCUUUAAACUCCAAAUUCACUGAGGUUAAGGCAUUAUGACUCUUGUUUCAUAAGUCUGAAAACAAGUGAAUUCAACAAGUUCUCUUUAAUGGCUUGUACUUGACACUUAGGAAAGAACACCACCUAAAUUGAGAAUUCCAAUAUGUUAUUUCCAUGGCCUAGUAAAAUGUGUUCAAUAUUUGUGAACAUAAGCCUCUCUCUCUCAAAGCCAGUAACCAGAGAAGGAAGACUCAGCGUCAUCUAGAACAGUGGUUCCCAACUGGUCCAGCCACAGGGUCUAGAUUUCUCCUUAGUCAUUAGUUUGAGGUCCACACAGUUUAAUUCAUUCAGCAUUAUACUUUCGCUUGGCCACAUCGAGCGAGUUUGCUGUCUUUGUCAAGUAGUUGUCUGUUAGUCACUCAGUUGCUCUGUGCCUGCUAUUCACUGUACUUUAAAAUAAAGUGUGUUUUUUACAAACUUGACACAUUUGACACACAUGCGGUUCACUCAGAAUGGGUCCAUGACCCACUUUUGGAAUGCGACCCACCAGUUGGGAACCACUGAUCUAGAACAACUUUCCCAGUUCAUUUGGUGCUUGUCACAGUCAAGGAAGGAUCGUUAAGUGGCUGAAUUUCAAGGCUACAUCGUCAUCAACAUCUAAAAUGCCAAUAUAUAACAACUUAUUUUGCCAAUAACCAAUACCAAAAUUGAUAUAUCCACUUUUUUGCCCACCUAAUUUUAGUGAUCAUCAAGACCCUUCUGUGGUGAAAUUAUCAUAUUAUGCAUACAUACUCUUAUUGUGAUGGCCCACCAGCAGAUGGAGACAUGAAACAGAAUGCUUUUCAAUGUAUGUAAUAUUCAGUCAUUGUGAAAAAUAAGAAAAAACAUGUUGACCAGUUCAUUUUAAAGCCAAUACUGGCAGAUACUGAUGAUGUACCGAAAUUAUCAGGAUGUUGGCAGAUUCCCAUAGUUUAUUUUAAAGCCAAUAUCGACUGAUACCGAUGAUGUGCUGAUAUUAUCUUGCAUCCCUAUUUAUUAUUAUUUUUGGACUGUUUAAGACCAUAGGAACUGCAUUCAAAAAAUUGGUGUAGUUCCCCUUUCAACAAACAAUCUGUUGGUACAUGUGGUUCUUGCAUGAGGCCCAAUGUCUUACUUUCCUUUAAAGUUCAUGGAUGCACAAGGAACCAGAGGGAAUUCAUAGGCAUUGAUAGGCUGUUUUUUCACAUGCCUAUUGGAGAGUGUUAGACCCAGGUAUGGAGGACAUGUAGUUCUGUAGUGAAGCAGUUCUCAUGAUUUUGAUCACCAUUGAGUGGUAUGAUUGGAUGCAAAGUCCUAACGUUGGUAACAGGCAGUUAUUUGAUUAUUCCAGAGGAAGCAACACAGCUGGCAGCUUAGAGGCAUUCUGGACACACUAAUAGGAAAACAGGGUUGUUGCUGAAGCUUGAGCUGAGCUCACAUGAAGUGUCCUCAGUUUCCCUGGCAACACUGUCCUCUCUUCAGGUCCAGGAUGUCCCAGCUGCUGGCUCUGUCACAAACCUCUCUAAUGCUUUUACUCAAGUGAAGGGUGGUGAAUUGUGAUCUUUGGUGUUUGGUGAUCCCCACCCUGUGAGGAUACUGUGUGUCCUUUAAUUUGUUCAGACCACCUGUUGGCCACCAGUUCUGUUGUAUACACACCAGUCAUCAUCCUAAAGUAAUCACUGAACCUCUGGGCUUGGAGUGUGGAGAGUUCACGGACAUAAAGCCAUGCUGUUAAUUUUAUUGUCUUUUUACACCACAAACUUGUCGCUUUUUUUAAAAAUAUAUAUAAAGUUAUUGGUCUAAUCGACUCACCUGAGCUGUGUGAUGAUCUAAAAUGUUUCAUGCUCACUGGCCCAAAGCUUUCUCUGCGUGGAACAUAGAAUAGGUUGUGAGAAACAAACCUGAAUCGAAAUUCUGACAUCCAUAAAGUUAAAGCAAAAUUCAUAUUCAUAUAAAAAGGAGCCAAAAAAGAAAACCUGACAGAUGUUUUCUGGUUGGGUCUUAUGUACCACAACUAUGAUUGACCACACAGAGAGAGCAUUUUGGUCCACGUUCUGACCCCACUAUGGUGUGACCCAGAGCUGUUGAUUAUACAAUACAUUAUAUAUUGAUAAAUAUAUUGAUUAGAAGCAUUGUAUAAUCGUGACUGUGCUGUGGGUGUUGUCUUGUAUGUACAGUAGCAGUGUGAUGCUACAGAGGUGCCUGGUUCACCAACCCCUGUUACAGUUUUUCAGUAAAAAACAGCUAAAGCUCAAAAAGGUGUUUAUGACUUGGAGUCUUAUUUGUGUUCUCCAACUAACACUGAUGUUUAUGUGUCUGUUAACUACAUACACAGGAAUGCCAUUCAUGUGGAAAAUCUCUUUUAAAGGGUACAUUUCCAACCUGGACCCUAUUUUCUAAUUUAUUUGUGUCUAAAUGACUUAUGAGAACAACAAUCUUGGAAAUUGGUUCAGUAUUUAGUAAAGGUGGGAAUCACCGGAGAAUCCACAAUAGAUAUUAACACAAUACUUUAGUCACAAUGCACUAUUGCAAUUUUAAAGGAGACCUAUUAUGCUUAU